GCCUAAACACCCAAUCAGGCCCUAAUAAUUCAUGCCAGAGAGCUUAGAAUCCUUUGAAAAUGAGGAACAGAAUGAACAGUAGUGAUCCGCUGCGGGAGAGAUGAUUGUGAUAGGUCCCCAAUAACCAUUUCAUCACAAAUCCCACAUGUUAUCUGUCCUGUUCUCGUCUCUUUCAGUUCUUGCUUUAGUUGGUUUUUGUCGAUUGCGUGAGUAACGCAAUUUCCUUUUCUCCCUGUUCUUUAUCAUUUGUUUAUAGUUUACUUCACACCAUCUUCCCUUCAAAAUUUCUCUAUGCUUGCUCCACUCUUCGCAACCAUCCAUUAAUUUCUGCUCACCUAUAAGCCGGCGAUAACGCCUCUUCUUUUUUGACAUAUUCUUCAUGGACCCAGAAUCGAUACCGCCGGUUGAUGACUCACUGUCAAGGAGUGAAAAGCAGCAUACCACUACAUCAUCAACUCUCCUUCCCAAAACACAGCCUAAAGGUUUCCUUGGGAAACAUCGGAUGGCAGCUGCAAUUUCCGAUCUCCAAAGCCAAAUCAACUUUCUCCAGGAGGAGCUAGACCAACUUGAGGAGUUGGGUGAAGCCUCCAUCGUUUGUAGAGAGAUAAUUUCAAGUGUUGAAUCCAUUCCGGAUCCACUGACUAAAGGAUCAACCAAUAUUAGCUGGGACCGGUGGUUCACAGGAGCUCCAAACUCCUGCAAGCGCUAGAUCUAGCGAGCUUUUACAAUUAUCAGCAAUCCAAUUCAUCCAAUUCUCCCAAACAUAACAAGUACAGCAGCUCCCAAUCUUUUUGAGAAAUCCCAUGUCCUUUUUGGCUCAGAAUUUGCAGAUGCUACUUAACUCAGUAUCCAUGUACUCUUUGUACUCUGAUUAUUACAGUUCCGACUUCUUCAAAAGCAAUCAUUUUGGGA